GUACGAUAAGUUACGAUCAUCCGAGCUUACUUGGUAUAUUCCGAAAGUAUAUAGCCCUUCCAGGAAACCGGUGUACUAUCUAUCAUGUGAUAGUGGUCAAUCCCUCCGAUAAUGUCCGGCCCAACACUUCUGGAUUUAUCAUAUGGACAACAGUCGGACUCAAGAAUGUAGGCCAGCACCGCCAUGGCCAUCACAAUAGAGGAUGUCACCAAAGUCCCCUUCUACAAUUUCCACGACCCUAUCCCAUCACCACCACCACCACCCUCCUUAUCGCGCAAACUUCCGACUUUCAAAACAACACUUCCCACGCUGUACUCAUCUAUACUCCUAGAACAUUCCGAGCCAGCACCAGCUCUAAAAGAACCCAUUACUCCAACACCAACACCACCACCACCAAAACCAAACCUCUUCCUCACCCUCCCAUCCGAGCUCCGCGUCCUCAUCUACAAUCACCUCCUAAUCAGCCACCACCAACAACCCCCCCGCGGCCGAACUCUCUCUCUCUCCCUCUCCGUCGCUGACAACAUCGCCAACAAAAACAAGACCCCACUCUCCACCCUCGAGAAAAUCCACCUCUACACGCCAUACCAACACUACCACCUCCACCCCUCGAUCCUCUCCACCUGUAAACAAAUCCACGCCGAAGCCUUCCCCAUCCUCUAUACCCACAACAUCUUCUCGAUAACACACCCGGCCCAACUCCUCCACCACAUCACAAAUAUCGGACCCCUCAACACCUCCCUCCUGCGCUCUCUCCACAUCUUCGUCCCAUGGGAAUGCUCCAGCUCCGACAUCUGGUCGUGGGUCGUCCUCCUCAAUGACUUAUCCGAGCACGCUACGGGUCUAAGACAGUUAGAAAUUGGAUGGGACACGCACAUUCGGUGGCUUCCGCACAUGGAGCCCGGCGAUGAGACAAGAGGGCUCGGGGAUAAUAUUCUCUUUGUGCAUGCGUUGGCCAGGCUGAGGCAGUUGGAGAGGUUGAAGAUUUAUGGUUUCUUUGGGAUAGAGUGGCCGGAGUAUUUGAGAAAGGAGUUGGGGAAGGGUGGGACGGUCGUGGAGGUGGAGUGUGGGUUUAGACCGGAUGUGUUGGAGGGGUAUGAGGAGGCUGGCGAGGGGGUGAAUGAGAGGGUGAGGGUUGGAAGGAUUUUGGAUGAGGCGAGGGAGUUGGAGGAAGAGAAUAUGGAGAAUUUUAGGUUGUUUCAGAGGGGGACGGUGGGGGUUGUGCCGUGAUAGAGAUCUAAUUAUCUAGAUGGUUGGCGUUUGUGGGUGGGAUGUUGCUCUGAUACUACUAUGUAGUAAUGUUUAAUUGAUUGAUUGGUAUUCUGUGAUGAAGGACUGCAAUCGAUCCUAGAUAGUUCAUAGUAUGUAAAGCAAACAUCAAGAGUGGGGCGCCGUUUUCUCGGCCCCACCGAUGCCCCUGCAGGUGUACCUUGAACAAAGUAUAAAAAGAACAGUUGUAUAGUAUGUGUGGAGUAUUCAGUUAUGCAU